CAUCAUCUCCGCGCAUACCCAUUAUCGUCGCCUCAUGGGCACGAUUCGAAGAAGCAAAUGGCUCUGACUUCGUGGAAAACGUUUAAUUUCUUCGAAGUCUCGCAGGUGAAGCUGCCCGAGGAGAGCUCCUCGGUCUUCGACAAUGAUGUUUCUUCCAUAUGUACCGGCUCAGCGAACCUGUUCCUAGGCACCACUAAUGGUAUCGUCCAUAUCGUCUCGUCGGCGUUCAAGCUAGUGCGAUCAUUCAAGGCGCAUGAUGCGGGUUCUAUUACGCAUAUGAAACAGGUCGAAGGGACGUCGUUAUUGGUGACUAUAGCGGAGGAUCUGCUGAAUGAGCCCGUGUUGAAGGUGUGGGCGCUGGAUAAGUCGGAGAAGAAGACUGGGGCGCCGCGGUGUCUUUCGUCGCUGUCUGUGCAGAAUCAGAGGAGGCAGUUUCCGGUUUCGGCGUUUACUGCCUUACCCGACUUAUCUCAGCUGGCGGUUGGUUUCGCGAAUGGAGCGGUGACGGUUAUUCGAGGGGAUCUGAUCAAUGAUCGCGGGGCUAGACAAAGGAUAGUUUUCGAGUCAGAGGAGCCGAUUACUGGAUUGGAGGUGCAGGUUGGAGGGAUCACGAAUCUUUACAUUGCGACGACGAGUCGUAUUCUCACGCUUGUGAUCGCGGGUAGAGGCCAGGGACAGCCUGCGCGGGUGCUCGAAGAUGCAGGUUGUGGACUGGGUUGCAUGACGCUGGACAAGCAGACUGGAGAUGUCCUCAUUGCACGAGAGGAUGCCAUAUACACUUAUGAUGCUCGGGGAAGGGGCCCAAGUUAUGCUUUCGAGAGUCCAAAAACCUCAAUCGACACGUUCAGUGAUUAUGUGGUCCUGGUCUGUCCGCCGAAGACGACAAAGUCGGAUCCUUUGCGGAGGCUCGGUCAGAUGGAUGACCUUUUGAGUACAUCGACGUUCACGCUGCUGGAUACUGAUCUUAAGUUCAUUGCUCAUACGGAAUCGCUGGCGUCGAGGCCGAAGAGCAUUUUCAUGGAAUGGGGGGAUCUUUUCCUUCUCACGACGGACGGAAAGGUCUACCGCUACCAUGAAAAGUCUCUACAGCAGAAGCUAGAGAUUCUCUAUCAGCGCAACCUUUACAUUCUGGCAAUCAACCUAGCGCAGAAGGCUGGUGUUGACGUUUACCAGCAGAACGUCAUCUUCCGGAAAUAUGGUGAUUACCUUUACCAGAAAGGGGACUACGAUACGGCAAUGCAGCAAUAUCUCAGGGCGAUCGAUAACACGGAACCUUCUCAAGUCAUUAGAAAGUUCCUGGAUACGCAGCGGAUACAUAACUUGAUCGAGUAUUUGGAGGAGCUUCACGAGCAUGAUCGUGCGACGGCAGAUCAUACGACGCUGCUCCUGAAUUGUUAUGCCAAGCUAAAGGACACAGGCAAGCUGGACUCCUUUAUAAAAGCUCCUGGCGAGCUUAAGUUCGAUCUCGAGACAGCCAUAGCUAUGUGUCGACAAGGCGGGUAUUUCGAGCAGGCAGCGUAUUUGGCUACGAAGCACGGAGAGAAUGAGAUGGUCGUCGACAUUCUCAUUGAAGACUCGAAGAAGUAUGCGGAAGCAGUUGAAUUCAUCUGGCGACUGGAGCCCGAGGAGGCCUAUCCUAAUCUCAUUAAAUACGCGCGGGUGCUGCUAUCGCACUGCCCGCAAGAGACGACGCAGUUGUUCAUAGACUACUACACGGGCAAAUACCGACCGAAGAAGGAGAUUGAGGCUCCCGCAAAACCAGAGGAGCAACCUGGCAGCGCAGUUUCAAACCUGGCCGCUUUAAUACCUCUCCCUUACAUGAGCGUCGGUGGUGGUCACAAGUCUCGACCCAGCGAACCUGAGGUUUCCACAGAAGAUAAGACGGCUGAGACGCCAGUUGAAUACGACAUUCCCAAGCCUAGGACCGCGUUUUCCUCGUUUGUGGACCACCCACAGGAGUUUAUCAGAUUCCUGGAAGCGCUUAUCCAGCAAGAAGACCUGAAGAAAGAGGAUAAAAUCGAUCUAUACACCACUCUUUUUGAAAUGUAUCUUGACACGGCGAACGGAAAGAAGGAUAAUACGGAGAAACAGGAAUGGCAGGACAGAGCCAAGAAGUUGAUUGAGGGCAAAGACAUACCUAUCUCAACCUCAAACGUCCUGCUUCUUUCGGAUUUGGCCAACUUCCGAGAGGGCACAACUCUGGUGCGCGAGCAAGAGGGACUUCGAGCGGAUAUCUUUCGGUCCUACACCGCUGCGAAGGAUACGCAAGGCGUGAUAAGAGCUUUGAGGAAGUAUGGCCCCCAGGAGCCACAGUUAUAUAUCGAUGCGUUGGCGUACUUUGCCUCUAGCCCGAAGAUACUGGAAGAAGCAGGCGACGAACUAGAUGUCGUUCUCAGAAAGAUCGACGAGGAUGGCCUCAUGGCGCCACUCCAGGUCAUUCAGUCUCUCAGCAAUAACGCUGUCGUCACAAUGGGUAUGGUAAAGAGGUAUCUUAGCAGCAAUAUUGAGCGGGAGCGGAAGGAGAUCACAACGAAUCGCCGCCUCAUAUCCAGCUACAAUGCUGAAACCGAGAGCCGAAAGAAGGAGAUCGAGGAGCUGGGCAACAAGCCCGUCAUCUUCCAAUCCCGUCGCUGCAUGUAUUGUCGUGACCCACUAGACCUCCCAACCGUCCACUUCCUCUGCAAGCACUCAUUCCACCAGCGAUGUCUCGACAAACCCGACGAGAAUCCAGAAUGUCCAGUGUGCGCGCCACAAAAUGCCACGAUCAAGGAGAUCCGCAAGAGACAAGUAGACUGGGCAGACCAGCACGAUCUUUUCGCUGGGGAACUUCAGCGCAGUCGAGAUCGGUUCGGUCUCAUCAGCGAGUUCUUUGGAAGAGGAGUCAUGCGACCGCAGAGUACGGAGUGAAAUGAAGUUAAAGAGGGGAAGAAGAUUUCUGUUUAAUGCUGUGUUGAACGUCUUGAUACCUCCUUGUAGACUAUAUAUGCAUAUU